AUGCCUCCGAUGCCGAAUAGAGAAGACAUCGGAUCCACCUGGGGAUACUUGCAGGCCGGUAUCACGCGAAUUAUGAUGGACCUGGAGCAAGGUAUCGAUAUGCAGAUGUACAUGGGAGUCUACACGGCUAUCCAUAACUUUUGCACCUCGCAGAAAGCUGUCAGCCUGAGUGGUCCCUCCAUGCAUGGAGGUGCUCACAGAGGCGCCCAUCUUCUCGGCGAGGAGCUGUAUAGAAAACUCAUCCACUACCUGGACGAGCACCUCACAUCGUUGCUGGAAACCAGCAAAUCCCAUACCGACGAGGCGCUACUGUCCUUCUAUAUCAAAGAAUGGUCUCGGUACACAACCGCCGCGAAAUACACACACCACUUGUUUCGGUACCUCAACCGCCACUGGGUAAAGCGAGAGAUCGACGAGGGGAAGAAGCAUAUUUAUGAUGUGUACACUCUGCACCUGGUGCAGUGGCGAAAGGUGCUAUUCGAGCGGCUGUCGACAAAGGUCAUGGACGCCGUCUUGAAGCUCGUGGAGAAACAGCGCCACGGAGAGACCAUCGAGCACAGCCAGAUCAAGCAGGUUGUGGAUUCGUUCGUUUCACUAGGUCUCGACGAGACGGAUCCCUCGAAAUCGACACUCGACGUGUACCGAUUCCACUUCGAGAAGCCCUUCCUCGAAGCCACCAAGGCCUUCUACCAAGCCGAGUCGAAACAAUUCGUUGCCGAAAACAGCGUGGUGGAGUACCUUAAAAAGGCUGAGGCUCGACUGGCCGAGGAGGAGGACAGGGUUGGCAUGUACCUGCAUCAGGACAUUGCCGUCCACUUGAAGAAGACGUGCAACCAGGCUCUCAUUGCCGAUCAUCAAGUCCUUAUGAGAGACGAGUUCCAGAUGCUUCUGGACAAUGAGCGGGAGGAUGACAUGGCACGCAUGUAUAAUCUACUUGCCCGAAUUCCCGAUGGUCUGGACCCUCUAAGGUCCCGGUUCGAGACACACGUCCGCAAAGCUGGUCUCAACGCUGUGCACAAGAUACAAGCAGCCGAGGGAGACAAGUUGGAACCCAAGGUCUAUGUCGACGCCCUAUUGGAGGUCCACACACAAUACCAAGGGCUUGUCAAGCGCGCAUUCAACGACGAACCCGAAUUCACUCGAUCGCUCGAUAGCGCAUGUAAGGAGUUCGUCAAUCGCAACGAAAUCUGCAGGGCGUCAUCCAACAAGUCGCCAGAUCUUCUCGCCAAGUAUGCCGACGUGCUGCUUCGAAAGAGCAGCACCAGCAUCGAGGAGGCAGAUUUGGAGGCUACCCUGACCAACAUUAUGACCGUCUUCAAGUACAUUGAGGACAAGGAUGUGUUCCAGAAGAUCUACUCUCGCCUUCUGGCACGUCGUUUGGUGCACGCCAACUCGUCUUCGGAUGACGCCGAGAUGAGCAUGAUUGGCAAGUUAAAGGAGGCGUGUGGCUUCGAGUACACGAACAAGCUUCAACGCAUGUUUCAGGAUAUGCAAACCAGCAAGGACCUCAAUCGCGACUUCAAGGACCAUCUUGACAAUGGCGAGAGAACUAAGACGGUGGACUCGAACUUUUCAAUCCUCGGCACUGGCUUUUGGCCGCUGCAGGCACCGACGACAGCAUUCAACCCCCCAUCAGAGAUUGCGUCCGAAGCUGAACGUUUCAGCACCUUCUACAAGCACAAGCACGACGGUCGCAAGCUGACGUGGUUAUGGAAUCUCUGCAAGGGCGAGCUGAAGGCCAGCUACUUCAAAAACAGCAAAACGGGCUACACUUUCCAAGUGUCGCUUUAUCAGAUGGCCAUCUUGCUUCUCUUCAACGAAAAGGACGAGACCUCAUACGAGGAUUUCGUGAGCGCAACCCAGCUGUCCCCUGAUGUGAUCAACCAGACAUUGGUGUACAUUCUGAAGGCAAAGGUGCUCCUUAUGCAAGGCGGACCUGGCGAGAAGCCCGGGCCCGGCAAGGUGUUCAAGCUGAACUAUGACUUCAAGAACAAAAAGAUCCGUGUGAACCUGAAUCUGGGCGGCGGUGUCAAGGAGGCCAAGCAAGAAGAGAUUGAGACCAACAAGACCAUUGAGGAAGACCGCAAGUUGGUACUACAGUCCGCAAUUGUGCGCAUCAUGAAGGCGCGAAAGAAGAUGAAGCACAUGCAGCUCGUCAGCGAGUGCAUCAACCAGAUCAAGUCCCGCUUUGUACCGCAGGUAUCCGACAUCAAAAAGUGCAUCGAGAUCCUUCUCGACAAGGAGUACCUGGAGCGUCUAGAGGACGACGAGCUUGGGUACCUCGCGUGA